CUGCUGGGGCUGCUGCGCGGCGGCGGCGGGCAGCGCGGCGGCGGAGAGUACUGCCACGGCUGGGUGGACGGGCAGGGCGGCUACCACGACGGCUUCCAGUGCCCAGAGGGCUUCGACACUGCGGCCGCCACCAUCUGCUGCGGCUCCUGCGCGCUGCGUUAUUGUUGCGCGGCCGCCGAGGCGCGGUUGGAGCAGGGCGGCUGCACCAACCACCGGGAGCCUCCAGAGCCGGCGGUCAGCGCCCAACCCAUCUAUGUGCCGUUCCUCAUCGUCGGAUCAAUAUUUAUCGCCUUUAUCAUCGUGGGCUCCCUGGUGGCUGUUUACUGCUGCACGUGCCUCAGGCCCAAGCAGCCAUCCCAGCCCAUCCGCUUCUCCCUCCGGAGCUACCAGACCGAGACUCUGCCCAUGAUCCUGCCCUCGUCCAGCUGCCGGGCCCCAUCCCGACCAUCUAGCACGGCCACCAGCUCCAGCUCAGCGAGCGGCUCCCUGCGCCGCUUUUCCCUGGCCCGCACAGAGCCGGGCUGCUUGCUGCCGUCGCCACCACCCCCAUACUCGGCCGGCUGCUUUCCUGCAGCCCACAGCACACACCUGGGGUCACCGCCGGGCUUCCUGCAGGCACCGCCGUACCUGGGUUACCCCGAGCCGGCCCUGGGUGGGAAGGGCUGUGCCGACCUCGCGCAGAGCUGA